AGGAAGGUGUCAAUGUGUGUGUGAGUGUGUAUGUGUGAGUGACGGCAGCCAAGAGAGAGAGACGCAGAGACUUUUCUCAGCAGCUCACGUCCUCUGAAAGUGUAUCAAUUUUGUUGCCUGUAGAUGUAGAUGCCACAGAGUCUGUGUGAGAGUAUGUUUGAGAGAGAGAGAGGGUGUGUGUGUGUGUGUGACAUGCCUGAAGAGGAUUAUUAGCGACAUAAAUAUCGACAUGGAUUUCCAACAUCGUGCAGCUCUGGAUAUCUCCACCAGGAACCCUCAGGAUGACUUCGAGAUCCUGCUGAGAGUUGGAGGAGGAACAUACGGAGAAGUUUAUAAGGCACGUAACAAGCAGAAUGGAGAGUUGGCGGCCAUCAAAGUCAUCAAGAUGGAACCAGAGGAUGACUUUUCUAUCAUCCAGCAGGAAAUCGUCAUAGUGAAGAGCUGCAAACAUCCCAACAUAGUGGCCUAUUAUGGCAGCUACAUACGAGCCAAUAAACUGUGGAUCUGUAUGGAGUUCUGUGGAGGAGGCUCUCUGCAGGAUGUCUACCAUGUGACUGGUCCUCUGACUGAGCCACAGAUCGCCUACAUCUGCAGGGAAAUGCUGCAGGGAUUGGACUACCUGCAUGCACAGAAGAAAAUCCACAGAGACAUUAAGGGUGCCAACAUCCUCCUCAAUGAUCAGGGCGAGGUCAAACUAGCUGACUUUGGGAUCUCGGCUCAGAUCACUGCCACUCUGGCCCGGAGGAUGUCCUUCAUCGGGACGCCAUAUUGGAUGGCGCCAGAGGUGGCAGCAGUGGAAAUUAAAGGUGGCUACAAUGAACUAUGUGACAUCUGGUCCGUGGGCAUCACAGCCAUAGAGCUGGCAGAGCUACAGCCGCCACUGUUUGAUGUCCACCCACUGAGAGUCCUGUUUCUCAUGUCCAAGAGCGGCUACCAGCCUCCUAAACUGAAGGACAAGUCCAAAUGGUCCUCCAUGUUUUAUAACUUUGUAAAGGCCAUGUUGGUGAGGAACCCGAAGAAGAGACCCAGUGCCUCCAAGAUGCUCUCACACAUGUUUUUGACCCAGCAGUGUCUGAACCAGGAGCUGAUCCUGGACCUGCUGGAGAAGUUGCGACACCCUGAGAAACUGAAGACCUGCAUGGUGACGGAAGACGACGAGAUGGAGGUGGCAGUGCCUGGAUCAUUAAAGAGGAUUCAAUCUAUCAACAAACACAACCGGGCAGAGAGGACAAACUCUGACAUAAGCUUGGAACAGAUUUACACUCGGAGGCCUGUGAAGAAAGAAUCACCAAACACAACAUUAAGACCUUCAGUGGGAUCAACCGGCAGCAGCAAGAGUCCAGUGAGAGAUCAGGACACAGACUCAGACGAUGACUAUGACGACGUGGAUAUCCCUACGAUGACAGCCACCCGUCUCAUAAUGCCACCAGAUGAUACUCCGCCUCCACUUCCUCCGAAGCCCAAAGCUCGGACCAGCUCAGAGGAAAGCAUGACAGGAGAAGACGACCGGGCAAGGAAACCCUCCUCCCUGUACGCCCCCUCCCCUCUCAUCAGGACCUCCAGUGGGACCCAGGUCCGACCUGCGCUCCAACCACGAACUUCACGACACUCAGACCCUACAUCCUUCCCUGUCCAGCGGAUUGACAACCAGGCAGACCUCCUUCCCCCUGAGCUCCCCCCUAAAGGCAUACGCAGACGGCAACCACCAUCAAAGGACCCAGCUGAGUGUGUCAGCCCCGUCAUGAAGAAACCUCCUGUCUACUUUAAAAAGAUCUUCCACGGCUGCCCUCUUAAACUAAACUGCUCCACAACGUGGGAGAACCCAGCCACCAAAGACCAGCAUCUGAUCCUGGGGGCAGAGGAAGGGAUCUACACCCUGAACCUGAGCAGCUCAGAGGCCACCAUGGAGCUGUUGUAUCCAGGGAAGUGUACCUGGGUCUACACCAUCAAUAACGUCCUCAUGUCUGUUUCAGGUAAAUCAUCGCAGCUUCACUCUCAUUCACUCAAGGAGUUGUACGAACAGGCUCGGAAAGACCAGAGGAUGGUUUCCUUGCCGACGCACAGACUGCUACCAAGGAAAUGUGUAGUGACGAGUAAAAUACCUGAUACCAAAGGCUGCAAGACCUGCGCAGUUGCAGGUAGAAUGCAGCGAGGCUGUGUGUUCCUGUGCUGUGGUCUGGAGUCCAGCGUUGUGCUGCUGCAGUGGUACGAGCCCAUGCACAAGUUCAUGCUCAUUAAGCAUUUUGACUUCCCCCUGCCCAACCCUCUGCGGGUGUUUGAGAUGGUGUCCGUGCCCCAGCAGGAGUACCCGCUGGUGUGUAUCGGUGUCUCUCGCGGGUCCAGUCCCAACCUGCCUGUCAAUGUAGAAUACAUCAACCUCAACUCCAACACAUCCUGGUUCACCAACACUGGCCUGGAGAGACCUUGUCCAGAUGUAGUUCAAGUAAACCAGUUGGACAGCAGUUCACUGCUCAUCCUCCUAGAAAAGUCGGUACACAUAGUCGGUCUGGAGGGGGAGUUGAAGAGCAGCAGGUCUAUGUCCCAUGAGACCACCUUCUCUCAUGAUGUUGAGUCUAUAGUGUAUUUUGAGGAAACGCUGCUGGCAGUGUGGCGUCACGGCUGGCAGAGGAGAGGACAAGGUUUUUCUGAGGUGCUGGAAGAAACCACCGACCACAGAAAGAUCUACCGGCUGGUGCAGUCAGACAGGAUGGUGGUCUUGGAGACGCGUCAGACAGACGACCAGUCGGGGCUGUCCAACCUGUACGUCCUGGAAAUUGCUGAGAACUACGUCAUGCUGCCCUGACUCUCCUGUCUCCUGGCACAGGGCAUGAUGGGAAACUCACACUUGUGUUUGAAGAACUUUAAUCAUUAACCCUGACAGGCAUGGAUGCCACAGUAUUUUAUUUUCUAAUGGGAGGAGAGGAGAUAUAUGAGAAGGAGAGGAUUAUUGUGUUGUAGCCUCCAAUCUGGGGGAGUCUGCUCUUAUUUAUGCUGAGAUCCAGAAUCCAAAAUCCAGACAUCUGAGAAAACCCGAAGUGAACAGUGAAGGAAGGCCCUCCUCUAACACUAAAGAGGAGUAUCUCAGUCGAUCACAGCAGCAGCAGCUGCCUGCAGAGACUUAAACAUUUGGCUUCCAGAAGAUGCCGCAUACAUAAACAUAAAGGACUGGAUGGACUCAUGCUGUGUAGUUUGUAUGUUGGUGUUCAAGAUACACACUUCCUGCUGCCGUUACACUGUAAUAAAGAUAAUUAACACAA